GUGGCAGAUUGACUAGUGUUAACCGCCUCUCUUAUUCUUGGCGCACCACUGUGUUAGGUAACUCAGCGGUUACUAGGCUUGACCUGGCCGGGGAGUUCAGUAGCGGGAGGUCACUUGCAGUGGUCAUACCUGCGGACCUGCGGUUAAUAUAAGAUGGCGUUCAACGAGAGGCAGAUGUCUGCCACGGGCUCUCAAGUUGACGAAGAGAUGGUAUGGUUGGGAGACAGCCCGAUGUCAACCAUAGACUCCAGCGAUAUAACGUGGCCCAGUGAUACGCCUAUGUUGUCCACGGACUCCAACGGUAUAACAAGGGACAGUGAUGUAGUUAUGUCUGCCGUAGGCACCCAGGUCGACAAUGAGACGGAAAGGUUGCUAUCUACCAUGGGCGUCGAUGUCACCGGAAUUCCCCAACCGAGUUGCACCUGCCAACUCUCUGGUGAUUUCUGGGAUGAGGGAUCUAAUUUGUAUGGUUCAACAUCUCGAGAGGCUGUUCAUGACCCAGACUCGCGCACAAGGCCAAGCGACAGUGAGAAAACAUCCAGAAAACGAUCACCUGUAAACAACAUAACAAAGCGCCAAAAAGAGGGAACCUAUGUGGCGCCAGUGGAGGUUAACGUUGUCAAUAAUGAUCCCAGAGUUCUGGAUAUUUUAAUGAAGGAUUCAAUGAUGCAACCCAUGCCGGAGGUGACGCCUACUCUUCGGCGAAAUGAACAGAGAGACAUUCGGCAACACCACAAGUGGUGCUGCAAAAUGUUAAAUAAUCCAUUUAAUUGAACGAUUACUAGAUGGAUGUACAAUGUUGGAUUUUUAACUCGCAUGGGUCUAGAUAACUAUUUGCUGCAUGGCUAGUACAGUCGGUUUGUAAUAUAGUGACCUAGCCUAGUAUUCACUACGGCUAUAGUUUUAUUGUUCCACUGUAAUUUUAGCUCAUUUUAAUUCUCCCUUGACGAAAUAGGUGAAUUUCCAUGUAAAUAAUUGAGCGAAAUUUGUCUUGUGAUUUUCGUAAAAUUUUAGUUUAAACGCUGACUUCUCAAGCUCACUCCUGCGAUUUUAUUAAGUACGAAAAUAAAUUUUAUUGCAUG